AACACAAUGAAGAAGUUUCAACAGAGGGCUUAUAAGCGUAGAUGGGCUGCCACAACUAGGCAUUUGAAGAAGCAAUGCCGACAGUCAACUUUAGAAUUAGAGAGUGAUGAUAGCGAGCAAGAGAAUGACACGACAAUCUUUACAACUCCAGAAACAGUGACAACCCUUCAGUACAUGGAUGCUGCGGAGACUGCUUCCUGCACUGCCGCGGGUGCUGACAAUGCCACCUACAGUGGCCCUGAUAGUGAUGAGCCUGAUGAAAAUGAUGCUGAUUGGAGACUAAUCGACCAUCAUGUCACCUUGUCAUCUGAUUCAGAAAAUGAGAGUGAUAGUGACUGCUUUGAAGAUAUUUUGAGGUCUGGAUUAUUUUAUCGUCAGAAUAGCUUCUGCUAUUGGCCAAAGCCAAAUCCUACCCACUCCAGAAUCCGGAGAGCUGAGAUUCCUGACAAAGAAGUCUGGGAUAGGCUGCCAAUUCGGGUUUUCAGGAAAACAUUGACUGAAGACUUUGACAAGGCCCUUCAAUAUGAAAAACAAGCUGAAAAGUUUUCGAGCCCAGAGGAAGAAGAAAUGUCAACCAAAUGGAGCCACAUCACCCCUGAACGUUAUAGAAACGAUGAGGAAGAUGUGUUUGAUGCUGACGGCGAAGAGGAAAUUCGGCCAAAAAAGAAGUGCAGAAAAGAGAAAUUACAGAUCCUCAUCCAGGCACCCCCACUGCCAGUGCUCCCACCAUUGAACUUUCCAAACUCCAGCGAGUACCAGACCACUUCAGCCAGUACCAGCCAAUACUACACCACUCCAAGGCAUCCAGGCCGACCUCACAGCCCAGCGAGAAGCAGCACUUACAGGUUCAGUCCAGACAGGAAUCAUGCAUCCAGCUCAAGCCAGUACCAAACCACUCCAGCCAGUACGAGUCAGUACCAGACCACUCCAAGAAACAGCAGGAAUGCCCUUGGAAGUGAACUUUUCCAGUUAAACAUGAAAGUUCAAAAACUAGUUGAGAACCAGGGAGAAAUUAUGCGCAUGCUGAGAGGGCUGGCAGCACAGUCUGUGGGGCCAGAAGCUGUGGAUGUUCAAGAUCUCAUUGAGAAGCCUUUCGAGACUCUUGAGCAGCUUAAGACCUUCUGUGAACAGCUCGACACUGAUCUUCUGCUCAGAAAGCAGCUGGUGAAAGCUCUUACUGCUCUUGGUGGGCAGAAUUUGGCAGACACGGUGAGGACAAUGCUGAGGAAAAUUGCCACAAACAAAGUCCUGGAGCAGCUUGGUCUCCGUGGAAAGACAGGCAAAGUGGCGUUUGAGGACUUGCCCUUUUACAGAAUAAUAAUAAAGGCAUGCAGGGGUGUUUACAAACAGACGACCACAGCUGAAGUAGAUUGUGAGCUUGGAGAGGUCCUGAAACUGGCCACUUUUCGAAAGGGAGGUUCAAAGUUUGAGGAGAAGAGGAGGAAUUAAGAGGAAGCGACGGCGAAGAAGGGCAAAGGGAAGUGUAAAAAGGAAAUGGACAGUGAGAUGAGUGACCAGGUAAAUGAUAAAGAAGUGAAGAAGAAGAAAACAGGGAAAGGGAAAAGAACCAAGCAAACGCCAGUGAGACCAGUGAGCAUUGAGCAGGAAGAGAACCAACAAGAAGGGGCAGGAGUACACUGACGCGCACGACCAAGACCACAGCAUUCCAUUUCUAUUGUAUUAUAAUUAUCACUAAUAAAGAAUUAUUGUUGAA